AUGACGGAGAAGAAGAAUGUGAAGGCGGCGACCAAGGAAGAGGGAGAGGAAGGGAAGCAAACGACGUCGUCUUCGACUCCGUUUUCUCCUUCGCUGUCAUCGUCUUCGCCUUCGUCCUCGUCUUCGGAUGAGAGAGAGUACGAGGUGCAGGACCUGCGGGACCGGUUGAAAUCUUCGAGAGGAAGUCGGUUCGAUCUGAUACAGAAUGAGUUCGGACUUAACUCAAGUUGGAGCAAGUUCAGUCGUCAAGCUCUUCUCCAUGGACUCCGAGGCUUCUCCAAGGACUUCGUCAUCCAUCCUGAUAACAGUUUGCGGGCGGGGACCCCGAGAGAAGAGCUAAAGAAGGCCCAAGUUUCAGCCAGAGUGUGGUACCGGGCAUGGACAAAAUUCAUUUUGAUAUGGGCAGUGUAUUCAUCCUUCUUCACUCCAAUGGAGUUUGGAUUUUUCCGUGGCCUACCUGAGAAUCUCUUCAUUCUGGAUAUCAUUGGACAAAUAGCUUUUCUCGUGGAUAUUUUCUUGCAAUUCUUUGUUGCUUAUAGAGACAUUCAGACUUAUCGUAUGGUCUACAAGCGAACAGCUAUAGCUCUGCGGUAUGUAAAAUCUAACUUCGUGUUGGAUAUUCUUGCGUGUAUGCCCUGGGACGUCAUCUUCAAGGUUUGUGGACGAAAAGAGGCGGUGAGGUACCUUUUAUGGAUCAGAUUAUACCGGGUGCGGAAAGUCACAGAUUUUUUUCAUAGAUUGGAGAAGGACAUACGUAUCAAUUACAUCACUACCCGGAUUGUGAAAUUGAUAGUAGUUGAGCUCUACUGCACCCAUACAGCAGCCUGCAUUUUCUACUAUUUGGCUACUACAUUACCGGAAUCCCAAGAAGGGUACACAUGGAUUGGAAGUUUAAAAAUGGGUGACUAUAGUUAUUCACAUUUCAGAGAAAUUGAUAUUUGGAAGCGCUACACAACAUCUCUCUAUUUCGCCAUUGUUACUAUGGCUACAGUUGGCUAUGGAGAUAUACAUGCAGUAAAUAUGAGGGAGAUGAUAUUCAUAAUGAUAUACGUUUCAUUUGACAUGAUUCUUGGUGCCUAUUUGAUUGGUAACAUGACAGCUUUAAUAGUCAAGGGAUCAAAAACUGAAAGGUUCAGAGACAAGAUGACAGAUCUUAUGAAAUAUAUGAACAGAAAUAGGCUUGGAAGGGAUAUUCGUGAACAAAUUAAAGGACAUGUGCGCUUACAGUACGAGAGUAGCUACACUGAGGCUGCUGUUAUUCAGGAUAUCCCUAUCUCUAUUCGAGCUAAGAUAUCUCAAACAUUAUACCUGCCAUACAUUGAGAAGGUUUCUUUAUUUAAAGGAUGUUCUGCAGAAUUCAUUAAUCAGAUUGUUAUUAGGAUCCAUGAGGAGUUCUUUCUUCCAGGGGAAGUUAUAAUGGAACAAGGAAAUGUUGUAGAUCAACUAUAUUUUGUCUGUCAUGGAGUGUUGGCAUGGGACAUGCUGGGUGACGAGGAAGUAGGCAUAGGUGAAGAUGGAUGUGAAGAAACUAUUUCACUCCUGCAGCCUCACAGUUCAUUUGGAGAAAUAUCUAUUCUUUGUAACAUUCCUCAGCCAUAUACUGUGCGCGUUUGUGAACUAAGUAGACUCCUGCGACUUGAUAAACAAUCAUUUACCAAUAUCUUAGACAUAUACUUUUAUGAUGGAAGGAAAGUAUUAAACAACCUUCUAGAGGGAAAAGAGUCCUUUCGAGGUAAACAGUUGGAGUCAGACAUCACAUUUCACAUUGGAAAACAAGAAGCCGAACUUGCUUUGAAGGUCAACAGUGCAGCUUUUCAUGGGGAUUUGCAUCAGCUCAAGGGUUUAAUUCGAGCUGGAGCUGAUCCCAACAAGACAGAUUAUGAUGGAAGGUCACCUUUGCAUCUUGCAGCAUCUAGAGGGCAUGAAGAUAUCACACUUUUCCUUCUUAAAGAACGGGUAGACGUCAAUAUUAAAGAUAACUUCGGGAGCACACCAUUACUUGAAGCAGUUAAGAAUGGAAAUGAUCGGAUUGCUUCUUUACUCGUUAAAGAAGGGGCCUCUAUGAAGAUUGAAAAUGCUGGUAGUUUUUUGUGUACAGCAGUUGCAAGGGGAGAUUCAGAUUAUCUUAAAAGACUUUUAUCCAAUGGUAUGGAUCCUAAUUUAAAAGAUUAUGAUUACCGAAGCCCUCUUCACAUAGCUGCAGCCGAAGGCUUAUACUUCAUGGCAAAGUUGCUAUUGGAAGCGGGAGCUAGUGUUUUCACCAAAGACAGAUGGGGAAAUACCCCGCUUGAUGAAGCCCGGAUAUGUGGAAAUAAGAAUCUGAUCAAGCUACUGGAAGAUGCAAAAUCUGCUCAACUGUUGGAAUUCCCAUAUUCCUCCCAAGAAUUCACAGAUAAAAUGCACCCAAAAAAGUGCACAGUGUUCCCUUUCCACCCGUGGGAUCCGAAAGAUAAUAGAAGAUAUGGGAUUGUAUUAUGGAUUCCACACUCCAUCGAAGAGCUAAUCAAAUCAGCGGCAGAACAUCUAGAAUUUUCUGGCGAUUCUUAUAUUUUAUCAGAAGAUGGUGGUAAAAUUACUGAUGUGAACAUGAUUAAGGAUGGUCAGAAACUGUAUUUAGUCCAAGAAACACAUUAA